GUCAAUUUCAGUCAUUGUCAGUCAGCCGACAGACCUGGUUAACAUUGUUUACUUCAACAUUGACUAUAGCUAUGAAAAAUCUUCACUUCAAGGAUUUCUUCUGGAACUGUGACCUGACCAGCACUGGUGGCUAUGAUGCUAUCAUUCAGUAUCUCAAUGAUGGCAGGAGGACGUGCAAGGAGGUGGAGGAAUUCAUGAAAGCAAGGGCAUCAAUCGAAGAGAAGUACGCCAAAGAUCUCCUUGGUUUGUCCAAGAAGGUGUGUGGACACAAUGAGAUGAACACAUUAAAAAGAUCCCUCGAUGUGUUCAAAUUACAGACUGAACAUGUAGGUCUGUCACAUCUACAGCUGGCCCAGGGCAUGAGGGACGAGACCAAGAAGCUGGAAGACUUCAGAGAAAAACAAAAAGAAGCAAGGAAAAGGCUUGAACAACAGAUGGAUGCGAUCCACAAGCAGAAGUCCUCACAGUUCAAGAAGACGAUGGAUACUAAGAAGACUUACGAGCAGAAGUGCCGAGAUAAAGAAGAAGCAGAUCAGAAUGUGAACCGAAACGCCAACAAUGCCAAGCAUGUAGAGAAGCUCUAUGCUAAAGCACAGCAAGCAAAACAGAAUGCAGAUGAAGCAGACAGGUUAUACCAACAGAGUGUGACGACGCUGGGAAAGAUUAGAGAUGAAUGGCUGAAGGAACAUGUCAAAACCUGUGAGAUGUUUGAAAAACAGGCAACAGAGCGAAUUAACUUUGUGAGGAACACAGUGUGGACUCAUCUCAACCAGCUUUCUCAGCAGUGUGUGGCCAAUGAUGAGAUGUACGAGGAAGUGAGAAAGUCUCUGGAACAGUCUGAUGUCCAGGCAGAUAUUGAACACUUUGUUAACCUCAGGCGGACUGGUGACAGACCACCAGCUCCAAUUGUGUAUGAAAACUUCUACAGUGGUCAGAGAUCACCAACUGGAGCUCCACCCACUAGAAUGCCUCCACCUGUCACCAGGAGGGGGCCAUUACCAGAUCCAGCCAACAACAGCAGGGAUACCACUAUCUACUCAACAGUGCAGGAUGCUGGAUACAGUGUCAUCCAAUACUAACACAAGGCACAGAUCAGCUGGAGCAGAUAUUGUGUUCUCUGUGCAGCGCCGGAGCUUUGUAAUGGACUUAAAGGUCACACAAGCCUCUUUACUUCCUCGUUUGUAAUUUCCUGUAAAGAUAGCAGAUGGAAAUGAGAGUAAUAAAUGUGUGCAUGUGUAUUUUAAGUUUAGGUUUGGGUGGUGUUUAAAGAGAUCAUGGUUCUAUAAACAGAAAGUUUGUCACCAUUUGUUCCUCAGGUGUAUUUUUAAAAUCCAGCAAUAAUUAAAUCCGAACAGAUGCUGAGUAUUUUUAUGUAAAUUGCAUUCUUUUAAUUCAAAACUAAAACUAAGAAACAUAAAGACGUGAAAGCAUUACGACAACUUCUAGGUAACUUAACAAUGGUUUUUUUAGGUAUCUUUGUUUAGCAGAUAUUUGAAUUCACAUAACGGUAUUCACUGUAUGCUGUGAAAUGCAUAUUCUUUUACUUAAGUGCUUCCUCAUCUUCACCUCUGUAUUUAAAUGUAGACAUGCCUUUGUAACAUUUCUAAUAGAGAUUUUAAACAAUACAUUGUUGUCAUCUGCAUACAAUUUCAUUUCCUCUUGAAUGUGAGAAAUAAUGUGUCAGCUAACAGGGAUCUUGUGGUUGAACGUGACAGCUCAGGCACAUUACUCACUUUUCCUGUCCCUGUUAAAGUGCUGUCUGUUGUUCUACAACCUGCAUCCUCAGUUUUUUUUUUUUUUUUGCAUGUAUUUUUAAAGAUGGUAAGAAAGCUCAGGUUAAAUAGGGUUGUGAACCCUAGACUUAUUUGUGAUCAUGUCUUAGAUUUUUGUGUACCCGAGAACUACUGUUGAAACUUGCACUUUGUAUAGCUUCAUUGUUAUGAGGACGAUACUUC